AUGCGAGUCCAAGGCAGGACAUUCAUAGUCUCUGGGGGAUCAUCCGGACUUGGUCAAGCAGCAGUUCAAAAUUUGGCACUCUCCGGGGCUUAUGUGGCCAUUUUCGACCUCACCGAGCCCGUGGGCGACUCAUUGUUAGACAGGGUGAAAUUUUACAAAGUAAACGUUACAUCUGAAAAGGAUGUACAUGACGCAGUGCAAAAUACUAUUUCGUGGAGCAAGGAAACAGACUCACCGUUAGGGGGCGUUGUGUGUUGUGCUGGUGUGCUUGCACCAGGAAAGAUCAUCAACUCCAAUUUCGAACCUCUUUUAUUGUCAAAGAUCCGAAGCGCUAUUGAUGUCAAUCUCGUCGGAACUUUGGAUAUUGUCCGACUGGUGGUCUCGCAUCUCGCUCAGUUACCCGAACCGAUAGAUCCGAAAGGCGAGUCCGAGCGAGGUGUCGUUAUUAUGGUAUCUUCGGCUGCAGCAUACGAUGGGCAGCCAGGUCAGGUGUCUUACUCGGCUACCAAAGGGGCUAUUAGGUCCCUGACAUUGCCUCUAGCUCGGGAUUUGAGCCGAUUCGGAAUUAGAGCCGUCUCCAUUGCUCCAAACAUGUUCGCCACUGGAAUGACAGCAAGAGGAACAAUGCCUGAAAAGGCGCGCCAGGCAAUUGAACGUUAUUUUGAAUGGCCCAAAAGGGCUGGAAAACCAGAAGAGUUUGCAGGUUUGGUGGCGGAGAUAUUCCGGAAUCGCAUGCUGAACGGAUGCUGUUUGAGGCUCGACGGAGCAACGAGACUGCCAGCCAAGUUCUAA